AUGGAGGAUGAAUCUAGUUUUGAGGAUGAUUCUUUCAUUCUCCCUGACAAUCCUGACGCGCCUCUUUGCGUUGGUAGCUCCCUACGAUGGAAUUUUGAUAAAGGAGCAAUUGACGAACAGGGUGAAGUGCUUCGCUCAUGUGACAAUCGCUUUCUCAUCGAACUUCUUGUUAGAAUGGAACGCGGUUACGAGAAUAUUUUCCAGCACCAUUUCGUGAAUGUUUGGGAGCAAGCAUCACCUAUUGAUGAAGAUUCUCAAUCCGAGAACUCUUCUAUUACAGAAGAGCCUGACUGUGUUUCCGAUAAUCCUGAGUUGUCUCUCUCUAUUCUACAUACUUCUGGCCUAUUUGUCGAGAUCGCAAGGGAGGUCCGUCGUCUUCAGCGCUAUCAGAAGCUUUUUCCCAACCAGCAAUCUAUGGAAUUCUUUCUUUCUUGUCUGGAAUCGAAACUGGCAUUGAAUCAUUACCGUUGGAUACGUAUUGCGAAAAAAAUGCAAAAUGAGGCUUGCUGGACGAAACUCGAAAAGUCAGAGUACCUCAUCGAGCUAUGGAUUACUGCUCCAACAUACCAGUACGAUCUUAAGCCAUGGCAACAAUUUCUUAACGACGGAGCUCCUGGUAGUGGUAUAAACCCCAAAGCGAAGUUCCUCGGCAAGGUCCCUGAGAGCGAUGACUUUGAUUUCACAAAAGUUACUGCAAAUAGUAGCUUUCAGAUUGUUCCUCCUGGAGGAAUGGUAAUUUGGACAAAUUGGUUCAACCACGUUUAUGAACUGGAACAAAAGAUUAAGCGGACAAUUGUACCAGAUCGUUUCAAAUGCAAAGAUCGUAUGAAUACUAGGUUUGGAGCCCAGACGAAGAUGAAAAGACUCCCACCAAUGUUAUACAGGCGCGAGACCAUUACAUUCGAUUUCGAACCGAAUGUGUGGAAACCAAAAGGAUCAAUUGAUCGGCAAGUGUUUCCACAGGAUACACUUCCUGAACUUAAUGCUCUGAUCGAGCAGCUAGAAGGUAUACAUGGUGUAAUGCUUGAUGACGAUGUUACCAAUGGCAUUCUCAUUGCCAGUGAAAAAAGUGGUCAUCAUAGCGUCUUGCAUCAUUUAUUUUAA